GUAUAAUAUUUUGAUUAUAAUAUUUGCGUCAAUCAAUACAAUAGCAGUAAUACUGUAAUAUUGUAUUUGAUUUAUAAAUAGUUGUCAUAACUAUCAACAAAACGCUUGACUGAAACCAAACUUUUUUUUAUGUUAUUUAAUGAAACAACAAAAUCAGUGAAACAGCUAUUAGUUUGUCAUCAAAAACCCACAAAACAUGUCUCAAAACUAAUAGUUAUUUUAACUUAACUUUACUUUUAGUCACUAAAAAGCAAACACUUGUUGCGUGUGUUUUGUGUGUUAUAUAUCCGACUAUUAAGACACUUGUUGUACACUAAAUGUAUUGAUUAGUUGAUCCAAUCGACAGUUAAUUGGAUCCAUUAGUUGAUAGUGUUUGAAGUGAUUUAGUAAAUAAACUGAAGAAGUAAUGCUUCGUUUCUUUUCCAAACGAUUUCGUGUUAACAGACAUGAUAUCAAUCGCCGAAACGAUGCCAAUCGCUGGUCAUCGGGAGCACAAUCUGGUCAGCAGUCAGCUACUGGUCAGCAACAGGUGCCGACUAAUCUCAAGCAUUAUAUUCAUUGCAAAGUAUUACUUUUGGACGGAACCGAUGUCUCAUUGUUUAUGCCGAAGAAGUCAUUGGGCGGGGAAUUGUUUGACGAGUUAUGCGAUAAGAUAUCACUGACUGUCGAGAAUGACUACUUUGGUCUCCAAUACACUGAUAUGACAUCGCAGUCGCAUUGGUUGGACUACACCAAAGAGAUCCGAAAACAAGUCAAAAUUGGUCCGCCAUUUACUUUCCGUCUUAGAGUCAAAUUUUAUUCAUCGGAUCCAAACAAUCUUAAAGACGAGUACACAAGAUAUUUGUUUUUUCUUCAGUUAAAGCAAGACAUCCAAACGGGUCGUCUCCCGUGCACUGUUGAGGUGGGAUCUGCUUUGGCCGCACUAUGUCUUCAGUCAGAAUUAGGUGAUUACGAUGAGUCCGAACACAACUUGACUCUCAUCUCUGAGUUCAGAUUUGUUCCGACUCAGACUGAAGAACUCGAAGAUCAGAUACUCAAAGAGUGGAAAGCAUUGAAACCGAGUCCGAGUCCAGACAUGAAUUCAGCCAAUAAUAAGGACAAACCCGAGACGACAAUGCCUAUGGACUCGGCCACUGCCGAAGCUAAUUACCUAAAUAAAGCCAAAUGGCUUGAGAUGUAUGGCGUAGAUAUGCAUAUAGUGCUCGGAAAAGAUGGCAAUGAAUACAGUUUGGGAUUAACUCCGACCGGAAUUUUAGUAUUUGAAGGCAAAACAAAAAUCGGACUUUUCUUUUGGCCAAAAAUAACUCGACUCGACUUUAAGGGCAAGAAAUUGACAUUAGUUGUGGUCGAGGACGACGAUGAGGGCCGGGAACAGGAACACACAUUUGUCUUUAGACUGCAUACGGCAAAAAUAAGUAAACACUUGUGGAAGUGUGCUAUAGAGCACCACACCUUCUUUCGGCUUAAAACUACGGCCCAAACGGGAAGUGCUAAACAACGGCAAAACUUUGUCCGAAUGGGAUCAAGAUUUCGGUAUUCGGGACGAACUGAAUUCCAGACUCAAAUACAACAGCAAAGAGUCGCACAGUUAGCACAACAACGAAAAUUCGAGAGACGCCCGUCUCAGAGGUAUACCAGUCGUCGAUCAACUGUUCGACAACCAGACAGGUUUAAUAAGACUACAAACGAUUCGACAAAAGCUAAAACUACUGUUACAUCGAGUUUGACAAAUACCACAACAACAACAACAACUACUACUACUACUGCUACUUCUAAUACUUCCACUACUAAUACAACAACGACCACAACUACACAUAUAGCACGUCCUCGUCUUAAACCAGUGCCUCCAGUGGUACCGCCCACAGCUGAAGAACGUCUUGAUAAUUUAAUUAAGUCGUUAACUAAGGGUGAAACCACUCCAACUGCCAAUGAGUUACUUCCCGGACAGACCAAUACCGAUACAAAGGCUUCGUCGACAUCAAAGACAAACUCAAUUUCCGAUGACAUGGAAGACGCCAUUUCUAAACUUAAAAAUCUAGACUCAGUUUCUAAUUGUUCUUCUCAUUCAAACAAAUCACAAAUGAAUGGUAAGACACCGCAAAUAAAUUGCAAAAGUGCUUCAUCGAGUGCCGGUGCCGUCCAGACCAUAGUUGUCGGUCCAUCAAUAAUAGUGCCAAACAAUCAAAACACAAAUGUUGUUUCUAAACCCAAGAUAGCUAUUCCUGACAUGAAAUGCAAUAUUUUAAAGGCUAAAGAAGCUAAUCUACAGAACCAACCUCUCAAACAAAAAGCCAAAUGUGGUACUUGUAAUACAGCAGCUCAUGAGGAAGACACUAACACUGCGUCUUCAUCGCCAAUUGUGACCAUCACUAAUGGUCAUAACCACAGCCACAUUAAAAACGAACACAAAAUAAUUAAAGAAAAACCUGAUGAACACCGACACCAACCACAACAACAUAACGAUGAUGAAGACGAAGACGAUGAUAAUGUCCCACUUCUAAGCGUUGAUGAUAUCAAUAAUAUAACUGUUAUACCUGUAAACAAUGGUAUAGUUACUAAUGGGAACUCUAACUGUGAUUCAACCAAAAAUAGUAAAAUAGAGGAUAAAGAAAAUCAGAAAAUAAAUGAAAAACAAAUAUUGAAGACAUCAAAGACAUCAUCGAAAGUGACAACAAAGACAACUACUAACGCAUUGAAAUCAGCUUUGAAAACGCAACCUAAAGAGGAAGUGUCUAAAGAAGAGGUACCCAAAGAGGAAGAGCCAGGUGUGGACAGUGAUGUCGACUCCACUUUGGUUGAGACAUCAUUUGCAUCAUCUAAUCCGGUCACCCGUUCGUUGUCGACGGUCACUGCCAAAGGCAAAGACAAAGAGGUUAAGAAUAAAGAGACAAAAGUCAAAGAUCAUGGAUCCAACACUAGAAGGAGUACUUCAAUGAACUCAAUGCAGACCAGGAGGACAGUAAUGACCACUGAGUUGUAAAGAUUGACUGAUUGACUGACUGACAAACUUCUUAAGUAAAUGAUUCAGAUAUUUAAAUGACUGAAAUUUCAAUGACCGGUAUUUUAAGCAUUCCAUUCAUUAGUAUUUAUAAACAAUUUAUUAUUAUUAUUCAAAUAACACAAAAAUGCAAUUUUCAUAUAUUAUAACUUUUAUCAACACUUUUAUCACAUUUCAAAAUCCAUUUUAUUUCGGACCAGUUGUGAAACAUUUUUAAAACACAUU